AUGCCCGCAAUAAUUUUACUAUGUUCUAAUCAAGGUAUGUCAUGAUUAUCACGUAAAAUGAUCAUUUUCAGCGAACGAAUGUCUCAAAAUUUCAAUCAAGAACGUGUGCGUGAUUACGGAGAAGGGGGUGACCGCGGAGGAAGAGGUGGAUAUCGAGGAAACCGAGGUGGAAGAGGAGGACACCGCGGAAGAACCGAUCGAGAUGAGGAGAGAGAACUCAUCGGAGACCAUGGCAAUCAACAAUCCCCUACAGGACGUGGCGGAUACGGAUACAGAGGGAGCGGCGGGCAUCGUGGAAACCGAAAUGAUCGCGGAGGAUAUGCGGGUGAAUCGUCUGACAGAGGAAAUGGUGGCCGGGGAAGAGAAAGAGGAAACGGAGAGCACCGUGGAGGGCAACGCGGCGGAUACGCUAACCACCAAGUUCAUGACGAGCAACUAG